AUGGCGAACCAGUACCUUGGUCUUCCGAUUAAGCCCUCUGAUGCUGCGUUCGGUCUGAUGGCCAAUUUUGACGCAGACUCUCAUCCAAACAAAGUAUCUCUCAUUGCCGGGGCGUAUCGCGACGAAAGGGGAAAGCCCUGGAUCCUGCCCAGCGCGAAGGAGCGACUCGGCGAAACCACGCACGAAUACCUGGGCAUAGCAGGCUCGCCAGUCUUCAUCGACCUGGCGAAGGAUCUCCUCUUCGGACCUCUCGCGGCCAGUUUGAAGGGUGAUAACGUGGCUUCGAUCCAAACCGUCUCCGGUACAAGUGCAAAUCACCUGGCGGCCACGUUCCUGGCGCUUAGUUUUAGAAGACGCGCUAUCACGGUCAACGUCGAUAGAACACCCCUCUUCCUGGACGAGGCCACCCUGGCUCUCUACAAUCGAGCUAUCAACGACCCAUCCAGCUUGACCGAUGCAGAACGAAGAACCAUCACUAACCGUCCGCCACCAGAAGAAGAAGAUUCUCUCUGCCGAGCUGCCUGUGGCCUAAGUUUUUCCGAGUUAAUCACAAAAGCCAUUCAAAAUUCCGAUUCUCUUACGUAUAAAGAGGGCCAUCUCGUGACAGCCGGUGUGGUCCCGAACCAGGCUGGAAGAUUGCUGGAUGAGCGCGUGAGGCUCAGCCCCGAAGAACGAGACCUUUUGCACAGAGCAAAUGCAGCAGCUACCACAGAGCACUUGAAAACCGCCAAGGAGAAUGCCCAAACUGUCAACGGCAGGCGCCUCGAUGCGAAAUCCGCCGCUAUGAAGGCCUGCACCAAUGAUGAUUUGCGCAACAUCCGGUACGCCUUGCAAGUGCCGUGGCAACAGCACGUCCUAGAUCUCACUGAGACUUCUGUCUGUGGACUUGUCAUUUAUUUCUUGGAAAUUCCAGAGACGGCUCCGUUUAGAGAGGAAAUUAAAACCGCCAUUUACCACGGGUUGUAUUUAUAUCCAAAUUUAACGAACGACGCCACUGUGGAUAAGUUCACUCUCCACUGGGAGGUCUAUGAUACUGACCCCGCCUCUCUUCCGAGUCAGUUUUUGUCCUCUAGGAACGAGUUCCCCUCUGGUCUACGCCUGGAUUCAUUUCUUUACAUCGACCAAGAAUCAUUAAAUUCGCGCAAUACACCGCGGCCGUUUGUCUGGCUGUGGGAACCCUCAAACGAGACCACAAAGCCACUCAAAGUGGAUAUAAAACAGAUUUGCCCAACGCUAUAUGCACGACUGAUUCAGCGAGACCUUGACACAGACAGAGCAAAGACUUGGCCAUAUCGCCACACAUCGCAGUUGGAAGACCUUCAUCGAGCAGCAAGUUUCUCGAGGAAUGCAAAUUGGGAACAGGAUUGGAUUUGGCCGCCUCCUGCUCGGUACAUGUAA